UUCAAAACAUGGAAGGAUGGGCUGUCUCUUUCCCUCAAUUGGAGAUCAAAUCACGGGCUUCCUUUCUCCAUUUGCAUCAUCAAAUCACGGAGCUCACGCGAUGCCUUGGACCCACACGGCCUCUCUAAAGUGGGUGCCCCGACGGUAUAAACUUAUAAGCUCUCAGACUCGCAGUCAGAAAGCAGUGGGAAAACAUCUUUGCACAGGUAAGUAAAGAUCCAAGUUGCGUUGUUUGGUGAAUAAAAAAAGUAGGCCACUGCAAGAAGAGAACCGAGGAAGGGAGAAAGAGACUUCGAACUUCUAACUUGUCACCAAGUGUGAGGCCACAUUCUACUGUGGUACAUUUGGUCACAUCACUUCUAGAACUUGGCAGUGGUAGGUACCUUCGCUUCUUAAACAUUUUGUUCUCUCUCUCUCUCUCUCUCUAAUAUCUUUGCAUCCACCAGUGUUCAUCUUUCUUCCAGCUUUGGGCAAUUAGAGGCUAUUGGCUAAAACUUAGAUAUAUAAAGAAGAAGAUAAUAUAAGAAGGGGAGAGAUGGAGGAUGCGGCUAGAAACGAUCUAAUGCGGCAAUUCUAUAGAAAUCCUUCGCUAUCUGUCUCCAAAGCACCGCAGAAUCCUUCCGAAGGCCCGCAAAUCGGUGGGCCCUACCGCCACUUCGGCCCGGCUUUCAGCCCGGAGUCCGGCCGCCGGCCCGGCAUUCCCCCCGCCUCCCCCUUCUCCCAUUUCCCACCCUCCGCCGCCCGCUCUCCGCCGUCCCUCGCCACCGGCGGUCCUGUCCACCAUUCGCGGUCUCUCUCUCAGCCGGCCUUCUUCUCUCUCGAUUCCCUGCCUCCUCUGAGCCCGCCUCCGUGUCGGGACUCCACGCCGACCACCUCCCUCUCCGACUCGGUGUCCGCCGACGUCUCCAUGGAGGACCAUGACGCCAGCUCCCUCUCCCCACCGCUCCCCCCGAAGGCCGGCGGCGCCUCCCGGGCUGCCGGCGCCGGCCUGCCUCCCCGUAAAGCCCAUCGCCGCUCGCAGAGCGAGAUCCCCUUUGCUUUCUUCCCGUCUUCACCCCCACCACCGGCCGCCCAGCUUCCGCCGGCGUCGGCGCCGCUGCAGCUGGUGAAGCUGGAGUCCGAUUGGGAUCGGGGUUUGGAUGGUAUGAAUGCCGCGGGAGUCUGCGAGAAGAAGGUGGAAGCGGAUUCGGGUGAUGAUUUAUUCAAUGCUUAUCUGAAUUUGGAGAGUUUGGACACCCUGAACUCUUCGGAGGACAAGCGCGGGGAUUUGGAUAGCGGGGCAAGUGGAACGAAGACGAACGGCGCCGACAGCAGUGAGAACGAAGCUGAGAGCAGUAUGAAUCAUAGCCCAUCGGUGAAGAAGAAGGAAGGGGCCAAGCGGAGUGCGGCGGGUGAUCCAGGUCCCAUCGGAACGACUACUCGGCACUGCAGGAGUCUUUCCAUGGAUAGUUUCAUGGGCAAGUUGAAUUUUGGCGAGGAGUCGCCCAAGAUGCCACCUUCCUCAGGAUUCCUGCAGGCAGCACAGACCCCGCGAGCCAAUUCAAAGGAUGGAGCAUCCAAUGUGUUCAGCUUGGAGUUUGGAAAUGGGGAGUUUAGUCCUGUUGAGAUGAAGAAGAUCAUGGCGAACGACAAGCUUUCGGAGAUGGCAUUGAUGGAUCCAAAGCGCGUCAAGAGGAUUUUGGCAAACAGGCAGUCAGCUGCGCGUUCCAAGGAACGCAAGAUGAAGUAUAUUGCAGAAUUGGAGCGCAAGGUGCAGACAUUGCAAACAGAGGCAACCACAUUAUCGGCACAGCUGACUUUGCUACAGAGGGACUCGGUUGGACUUACAAGUCAGAACAAUGAGUUGAAGUUUCGGCUUCAAGCUAUGGAGCAGCAGGCACAAUUAAGAGAUGCAUUAAACGAGGCACUGACUGCAGAAGUUCAGCGACUAAAACUUGCUACUGGGGAGCUGGUUGAUGGCCAUGCAUCAAACAGCUUGAAUCAGCAAAGGCCAAUCAACCCUCUGAUGUUUCGGCGGCAGCAGCAGCAACCUGCACAGCACCCUCUCUAUCAAUUGCAGCAGCAGCAGAACAGUGCUGGCAUGAAUCAUGAAUCAAAAAAAUAACUUGAGGUGCAUUAAAAGAUAUAUAUCAGGCUGAAAUUAGUGAAAUUUUCAUCAAAGUGUUCUUUCCACCAUCUUAGUUAAAUAAAGUGAAAUUCCACCAUUUGUUUAUCCAGUUACUGAGGAGGAGGUUGUAUGCAAUUUAUCCUGCUUGGAUAUUCUUUCAGACAUUUGCUAUCUUUUUUAUUUGUUGGAUUUUCAUAUGAAUAUAGGUAUUUUUUUAUAUCUUUGUAAUUAUACUAUCUGUUAUAUAUGUCGUGGAAGAACUUGGAGAAAAAUGUUCUUGAUGAUUUUUUUUUUUCCAGUUAUGUGGUGGUUUAUCUUUCAACAAUUCUGUAGAGUUCUUGGCAAACUUGUUUUAGGUUGCACGUUUCUCUUCUGGUGCUUAUCCUACUCAGUUGAAAUCUCUGCUUCAAGCUGUGAAAAGAAACACUAAAAUUUAGCUUGCCAUUCAGAUGCAAGAACUUCCCUGAAUAUGGCGUAUUCUGGGAGACUCUUAUAUGUAACUCUUAAGAGUUUCUGCAUGCCUUCCAUGGAUUUCCAGGUUGUGCUAAGGAUGAUGACUUGCUAUUAUUGGCAGUAAUUUUGGUGACAAAGGCUAUCGGGCAUGAAAUGAUCGAUCCCAGGUGAAGUUAUCAUGGAUGAAUGCACAAGCAUGUUAUUGUAUUCGUUUAUACAUUGCUAUUUAGAUGGUUGUCUUUAAUAAAAGUUUAGGAUCAAGCUAUUGAUGCCUAUUUUGGUGAA